AUGGAUUCUUCUGAGCUCAGCAUGUCCUCAAGCAGUAGCACCACAUUUGGUAUCCAGAGUGCGGGUGAAGCCUACGAGUCGAGUGGCGCUCUAUUUACCCAAGGCUGCAAGAUCAACGAAAGCCAAGGCUGUUCCACCGCCUGCCAAGAUCCUUUUCAGAUUACCUUGGGAUCCACACACGUUGCAGAACUGCAUGGUACUGUCGAACUUGCUCCAAAUCCCGUCCUCCAAAGCUCAGGCGGCGCCAACCCGAGUGAGAGGUCUGUAGAGAUUGCAGGCAGAUUCGCGAUCAACACCACGAACCCUGGCUUUCAAAGCCUAGCCAGCAAUGUGAUUCGGACAAUACAAGGCUGGUUUAGAGGAGGAUUCGGUUAUGGUCGGGCACCAGCCAUGGUAUCUCUAUAUAGUUGA